AUGAGCCAGUCGCCUUAUUACAGACCCGUCAUCAAGAUCAGAUUCGGAGGCAAAAUGACCGCAUCGAUACCAAGGCAUGUCAUCGCCAGCCACCCAAAGUUCGCUACCUUCCUCUCGGGUCUGGAGAGAAAGAAGGGAUACGACUUCACCGAUGUCAACAGAAGGGUCGGACAUGUGAUUCUCCAUUUCGUCUUCACUGGGGAGUACCAAGCCUUACCGAUGGUUGAAGAAUCGGUCGAAAAGACCCGCCGAGAGAAGUUCUCUGAGAUCGUCAACGUUUAUCUGGAAGCGAAUCAAAUGGGACUAGAUGGACUGGUGGCCCUUUCGGAAAGUGAGAUUGAACGCCAGGGGAGGGACAUGACCUCUGCAGAUAUGUUUGCCAUCAUCGACAAAGACUUUUACCAGGAAGCCAUUGCUGGGGAGUGGCUGAAGCGUUAUUUGCUUCGUCGUGCCUCCAAUGAAACCGAGAAAGUGAUUCUGAACGAUGUCAAGAAGAUUCAGGAGCGUCCACUAGAAGAGAGGAAUCUGAUCAGUUUGCUCCUUGAGGCGAACAUGGAGCUCAAGAGGGAAUUGCAAAAGUUCAACAAGAUAUCCGUUCCGAGGUGA